AUGCCCGAUAAAAGAAAGGAGGACAAUAACAAAAAGCCCGACGAGCGUGCCAAGUCUGGUGAAAAGGUUCGCCCAGUUCCAAAUGCCGACAAGCAACCCACGCACACUGAUGAUGGUGGAAGCUUUUUCGAUUUGCGAACCAAGUCCGGCCAGAUCCUGUUCAUGGCCGUAACUAUCACCGCAGUAACGCUUGUGCAGUGUCUUCCGAAAGAAUCUUUAAAAUCCUUCCUACGUCUGGAGUUUCCCGCGCAACCGUGUAAGCCGAACGUACGCAUUGUGGAAAAGGAAGUGUUUUCCAACGAACCACGCCCAAAGUAUUGGAUUUACGGACGAAACCCCACCGGAGGACAUCUGUUGCACGUACACAAUGUUUUGCAGCGGCUCGGCAUCGAACAAACAACGAACGAUAGCAACGAAUGGGAUUUACUGUGGGCGCACGAUUAUCCUUUUCGUCAGAUAAACCUCCAACGUAUGAAACCGCAUCAGCUAGUAAACCACUUCCCUGGUUCGGGCUACAUCACAAACAAGGUGGACCUAUCUACCACCCGCCUACCGUACAUUCCUGCUGCCUUUAAGCUCCCCGCUGGAGCGUCCCUGUUCCGCGAGUACGCCACCGCCAAUCCGGGGAAAAAGUUUGUUCAAAAGAACAACCAGCACCGCCAUAUUCAGAUAAAAGAGACCGAAGAAAUUGAUUUCAACAGCAACGAUACGUUCAUCCAGGAAUUUAUCGAUGAUCCUUUGCUGGUCGAUGGUUACAAGUUCGAUAUCGGUGUCUAUACCGUCAUUACAUCGAUAGACCCCUUGCGAGUUUAUAUCUACAAGGGGGAUGUACUAUUUCGCUAUUGCCCUGUGCCGUACUAUCCAUUCAAUGCUUCCAAUGUGGAUAAAUACAUCGUGGGAGAUGAUUAUUUACCCACGUGGGAAGUGCCUUCUUUGAAGCAGUACUAUGAAAAGUUUGGUUUCGGUAUGAAGGAUUCAUUUGACGCAUAUGUUAGAAGUACAGGGCAAGAGCCCGAUGUAAUUUGGCAGCAGGUUGAAGAUGCCAUACGGACGCUGAUACUAAAAAAAGAGCCACUUCUUGCUGCCCUCCUACCACGGUACGCCAAUCGGAAAAACUUUUUUGAAAUGAUGCGUUUUGAUUUGGUAGUAGAUAAACAGCUAAAAGUAUUCCUUAUGGAGGCUAACAUGAGCCCCAAUCUAUCUUCGGCUCAUUUCAAGCCGAAUCGUUUACUGUACGAGCAGGUGAUUUACAACCUCUUCCAGUUGGUCGGCGUAGGAUCGAGCAUUCGGCGUGAUUCCUUCCGCAAACGAGCGGUGGAAACAGAGGCGAUGGUUUCGUCAGUGAAAAAUAUAGCUGUCAAUGCCAAUCAGUGCUCGGAGCUGCCAUGCAUGGAAUCGUGUGCGCCAGUAGAGUGCCAGCUGUGCACCACGUGUCUUGAAGAGAAUAGAGUGGCCGAUAUACACCGAGCCUAUCGAGAGCACAUGAACCGGGGUGAUAUGAAGCGAAUUUUCCCAGUGCCAAAAGCUGAUCAACAUAAGUUAGAUUACGAUAGUCUCACGGCCAGUAACCAGCUUAUGUCGCGAUGGUUUGAAGAAAAGUGCAAAGUGGAUCAUUCAUACUGUUAG